AUGGUGAGAAAAAGUAAAGGUCGUCAAAAAAUAGAGAUGGUGAAAAUGAAAAACGAAAACAAUCUUCAGGUUACUUUCUCAAAAAGAAGAUCUGGUCUUUUCAAAAAAGCUAGUGAGCUUUGCACACUUUGUGGUGCUGAAAUCGUUGUUAUUGUAUUUUCUCCUGGUAAAAAAGUUUUUUCUUUUGGUCAUCCAAAUGUUGACUGUGUAAUUGAUCGCUUCGUAAACAUUAAUCCACCACAUCCUCGUGAACACACCGACAUGCAACUUAGCGAAGCCCAUCGAAAUGCAAUUGUGCGAGAUCUCAACAAUCAUCUCACUCAAGUAACAGAAGAAUUCGAAAUUGAGAAAAAGAGGAAUGAAGAGUUAAAGAAAAAGAGAAAAAAUAGAAGAAUGCCUGAGAAUUGGUGGGAAGAACCUAUAGAAAAAUUAACCUUAAGCCAGCUUACUGAAUUCAAAUGUGGUUUGAAAAAUUUGAGAAAGACAGUGACUGCUGAAGCCUCCAAGAAUCUUCAAGCAAUUGUUCCGCGUCAUACCUUCUAUGCUGGAAGUUCAAAUAAUGCUGCUUUUGGGAUCUGUGAUGAUAAAGGUAAUACCCACACUGAUUUAGAUGUGUAUAAUCAUCAAAGAAUGGUGGCAGCGAAUACAUUCGCUUGCAAUCAUCACAACGUGAUUGUUCCUCAUCAUAUUACAACACCAUUUGGGAACAGUAUAACUGAAGGGUUCGCUCCAGAAUACAAUCAAAACCAGAACCAGUUAUGUUUUAAGCAAGAACACAUUUCUGAGUGUGACCAUCAUUCAAAUCAUCCUCCUCGUUUCGGACAUGGUUAUUAUUAA